AUGAGUUCGAACCGAAUCCAAGGAUGGGAAGGGAUCCGCCAAGGGAAAUUCUCACACUCAGCAAUGUUCAACAGGACGAGGCAACUUCGUCAAGGAAUAAUCGAUGAAAGAGGCCGUUUUCCAUCUGCGACGGAUCGAAAAAGGAAGCGAAAAGAAUCUGACGAACAGCCAGUCGAGGAAGAGCACCUGCUACCCGUACAUCCUGCAGCAGCAAACAACUUUCUUUUGAAAGAAGGAGAUAAGAUGAGUGUGUGUGAACCAGAUGAGACAGAGAAUCUGGAUGAAGAAGAAAGAACAGCUGACCGAGGCAGACGACCCGGUAAGGAACCUAUGGAAGAGAAAGACAAACUAGACCCGAGGGACCAAUUUAGGGGCAAGAAAGGAUACCGCGCCUAA